CUUUCUAUCGUAAGAAACAGCUGCAUUUAUUUGACUCAGGAAUGCUUCUGUUCAAUCAGAUGGCCUGUACUAUCUGUUCUCAUCAAGAGGGGUCCUUUACUAGAUGUUCUGUGAUAUGACCACUGUGGGCGGCGGCUGGACCCUUGUGGGCAGUGUUCAUGAAAACAACAUGUAUGGAAAGUGCACUGUUGGUGAUCGCUGGUCUAGCCAGCAGGGCAGCGACCCAAACCGACCUGAUGGUGAUGGGACAUGGGCAAACACAGUCACAUUUGGAACUGCAGAGGCCGCUACAAGUGAUGAUUAUAAGAAUCCUGGAUACUUUGACAUUGAUGCACAGGAUGUGUCUGUGUGGCAUGUUCCUAAUAAUAGUGAGAUGCAACACUGGACCACUGCCUCCAUCCUGCGAUACCACACUGAAAAUCACUUCUUAACCUUACAUGGAGGAAACCUUUUCAAUUUAGGUCAGAAAAACUUCGACACUAGUUUUGUGUUUGAAACAUUCACAGAAAUAUAA